UUUUUUACCGUACGGUGUUGUAAGCGUUAGUUUUCUAGUUUAAUUUUGGCAUUAAAAUGGUCCUUUAAUUCGAACAAAAUCAGAGAAAACCUUAACGUAAAUUAAAGAAUAAACAACAAAAUGAUCAGCAGUGAGAGUGGGUUGACCAUUUUUGAUCGCAAAUUCAUUGCUGAACAUUUAAAAUUGUUCCUAAAAUGCGCUAAAUGUUCACACCAUUUCUCAGACCGAUAUGAAGUAUCAAAAAAUAAUUAUAGUGGCCAUCGUCCACUAUUGCUUCCUUGCGGGCACAGUAUGUGCGAGAACUGCAUUUUCAAGCAUCGCCAUAAUCUUGAGUGCGCUGUUUGCACCUCCCCAGCCCCGCCUACCAUCGGGCUAAAGGAUCCCAAUACGAAAUACAAAUUCAAUCCACGGGACUACUACGAAAUUGAUUACCACGCUUUGGGCGCUGCAAGAUGUUUGGAUUACUAUCGCCGCUUCUCUGAGAACUCAAUUAACAAGUCGCUGCAAUGCACCAGUUCCAGCGAAAUUGUUGUGCCCAUCCAAUGCGGCGAAUGCAUCAACCAUCCACCAAUUGGCAAGUGCAAGCAGUGCAACAGCUUCUAUUGCAAGCACUGCUUUGAAGCGGUGCACAGACAUAAUCCGGUGCUCAAGGGGCACAAGUUAUCGCGUAUGGAAGACGAAAGGAAUUUUGAGAAAGUUAUACGCGUGGGAAAGGAUGCCUUUCAAGUGCCCACUGUACACCAUUGCAACAUGCACGAUAAGACUAAAGAUAUAUUUUGUCUGAGAUGUCGUCGCAUCUGCUGCGAAAAAUGCUUGCCCUGUUUUCAUCGCAACCACCAAAUAUGCACUCUGGCUGAAAUGAAUAUGCGCCAUCUGACCGAGAUACCGGCAUCCAUUAAUUGUAUCAAUAUAGCUCUAUUCCACAUUAACAAUUCUCAGCAGAUUGUAAAGAAUACGAAAGAGAAGCUCAAGAGCUAUGCCGCAGAGACCGAGGCUAAUAUAUUGGCCUGUUUCCAUCAUUUGCAUGGAUUGCUGCAAAACGCUGAGCUGCGCGUAGUCGAGACCCUACGCGAGUCCAGCUUGCAACCGCAGAUGUUGCUCAAUGAGACCAUGGGUUUGUUAGAUGGCUAUAAAUCGGUCAUCGAGAAUCUACGCAAAGCACUGGUCUACGAAGAUACAGACGAAGUGCCACAGGGGAUAUUAAUUCAGAACGUUAUUCAGCUAGUCUAUGAGUAUAUGGAGAAAAUUCCCAGCGGUAUUGAAGUGACCAAGAUAGAGUCGAAUCCAUUUAUUUUUUCCUGCGGCAGAGAGAAUCUGUCCGAUCUAUUUAGCAGACACUUCAAAUGCAAAUUCAAAGAUCCCAACAUUAAGGUACACCUCCUGAACGAACUUGACUUUGAGGACGACGCGAUGGCUUCAAAUUCAGUUGCAGAGCCAGGACGCGAGUUGUCAGCCGGCACCAAUAACUUUGGAGUGCAGUCGAGCCCAUCAAAGGAUAAACAAACAACAUCCAAGAAAACGAAGACCAAAAAACGAAAUCUGUCGGCUAUGAAUAGAGGUUCCAAGCCCCACAUAGACCGCUCCUCAUCCAAUGGAGAAUUGGACAACGAGCUCAUACACUCUUUCUCCGGCAUAGACAUUACCGCCAGGUCUAGCAACAACAGCUCCCAUACCGUGGACAUUGAUGACUCGCCGAGAUCGUUGUCAUUCGGCGUCCCCAAGCCUCAGGUUCCGUCCUCGUCAAUAUCCAAGUCUAGAAAGAAUUCCAGAUCCAAGACGGCACAACUAUCGACUUCUGCUGGCAACCAAAUAGCCAGCUGGUUUAAAUCCGAUGUCAUAGUGCAAGUGCGUGGCAUAAAAUCGCCAGUGGAUUUUUACGUUCAGGGAGUUAAUGAGAUCCAACGCAUACGAAAGCAGGUUGAGGCAUGCGCGAACUCUUCUGACGUCGAAAGGCUGUCGCCCUCAUCGAUUAUUGUCGGCCAACAUUAUCUAACCUAUCAUAACAACGUUGAUCGCUGGCAACGCGCCCUUGUCAGUCAGAAACUGGAGGAACGCGACUGCUACAUUGUGUUUCUACCGGACAUUGGAUUAUACGUUACGGUUCAUAGCUCGAGCUUCUGUAAGCUACCCGAGUCCCUGGCCUAUCUUCCGUACGCCGCCGUCCAUUGCUCUCUAAAGCAGCUGAUGCCGGGCGAUGGCGGUUCGAAGUGGAGUGAUCGUGCCAAUGCCUUUUUUAAGCAAGUGGUGCAAAGCGACAAUCAAGUUUACGUGUCAGUGAUACGGCCUGUGAAUCCAGAAAUGUACGAGGUGGACCUCAUCACCUUCAACAAUGGUGUCAGCAUCUCGAUACGUGAGUCUUUUUUAUACACAGGCCUGGCGCGCGAUUGCUCCAUCAGUGGCAAAAUGAAGGACUGCGCGCCAUCCGUGGCCACCAAACAGAUGCCCCUGAUGGCACUGAAGCAGCAACGCAUUCAGAAAUGUGUGCCGCAUGUGGGCACCGUCUUCAUGGUACAAAUACUUCAUGUUGUACAUCCAAAUGAGUUCUACGUCGCUCACUGUAACGAUGCGCAGAAGCUUGACACUAUGCAGGAAUCUCUCUCUCGAUUCAUGGAUGACAUGGCAUUGGCCCAGCUGGAACAGAUCUUUCUCGGAAGCCUUCAGUUGGCAUGUGUGGUGCAAAAAGGAGAUUCGUGGUAUCGCGCAUGUAUCGAGGAACUCCUGCCCGAGGGCUUCGUUAUUGUGCGUCUGGUCGAUUACGGUAGAAAGCAUCAAGUAUAUUGGGAUCAAUUGUUUGCCCUGCCCAAGUGCUUCUCCUCCUCCGAGCUAAGCAUCCAUUGCAGUCUGGCCGAUGUGCAGACACUGCCGGAGCACUCCUACCGCUGGACACCGGAGGCGAUUGAAUGCUUUAAGCUGUACGCAUCGAAUCCCAAUCUGCAGAUGGAAGUUGUGGGCUCGCGCGAAGGCGUCAAUCUUGUGGCGUUGCAUUUUGGACGCGCUGGCAGCGAGAACAACAGCAUCGGCGCCCUUCUAGUAAAAAAGGGCCAUUGCAUCUCCACUGGGCCGAGCAGCGACAUGUAUGUUGAGCCUAGGAAUCAACGUAUUCUAAUGCCAGAGCUGCACAGAUUAAUGCACUCAUUGAAGAACAGCCCGGAUCAGUGUGGAUCACGGACACUAGCGCGCCAGAAGUCACCGACGGAUAGUGUUGAACGCGUGCCUAUUGUGGUGCUAUGGGUGGAGCACCCGGGCGAGUUCUAUGCCACUUUACCUCACUUCGUAACCUCCAUAGAAAAUACAAUCGACAAGGUACAGGAGCUGGCCAACAAGAGUUACAAGAGCGCCGCAGUAAACCAAAAUUGGCAAGUGGGAGAGCAUUGCUAUGUAAAUGCGAAGGCAGGACUUGAUUUCGAGACACAGUGGCAUCGCGGCGUCAUCAAAGAGGCCAUCACUCAUCCACAGAAGAUACUCUACAAUGUCCAAUUGCGGGAUUUGGGACAAACACUGAUUGGCAUCGAGGGGAGCCAACUUACGGCCAUGGAUGAGCAUAAUAAUAGCAUCUCGAAUGCGGCCACGCCUUGCCAAUUGCGUGGCAUACUGCCGGCUCGCGGUACGAACUGGAGCAGCAGGGCUAUUGAAUUCUUCAAGGAUCAAGUGAAAGCCUUUGACGGACUGUCUGUAACGGGCGGUAGGGAUCCCCUAAAAAGCGUGUUAAGCGUAACGCUCUGGGGCUCACACUGCGAAAUAUCGGGUCCCUUCUCACCCACACGCACCAGAUAUGUGAGCAUUAAUGAGUCGAUGGUCAUAUCGGGCUUUGCCAUUAAGGACGCAACCAUUGUCGCCAACAAAACUAAGGAUACUGUGGAGGUGGAAGAGCCUGAGUCCCCAAAAGUGGAAGUCAAUCUAGAGGAACUGAAGCAGUACUUUGACUCUGUAGAUAAAAUAAGCGCCACAGUUCACGCUAAAUGCAAAUUUAAUGAGCCUUCGGAAACAACAGAUUUUGAAGAGAAUGAGGAUAUGCCGUGUUUGGAGCUGCUCGACAAUUUUAACCUGGAUACAGAUACUAUUGGCUGCCACAAUGCUCCUGCUGCUUGGCUAAAGGAGCGCAGCUUCAAACAGGUUUUGUUCACCGCUCGGGCAACGUAUGUUAAUCAUGAUCUGGAGAUCUUUCUGACACACGACACCGAUCAGCCAUUCUUGCGACGCAUGCGGAAUCUGCUCCAAAAAAUAUUCAAACCACUGUUUCAGGAGUUUUCAGGAAAGACCUUCACGUAUGUCGUUGGCCAACCAGUAGUGGCGAUCUAUCAUCACGAUCAGAGUAUCUAUCGGGCCAUUGUGACGAAGAAGAAGUCCAGAACCAAGUACGAUGUGUUCUUUUUGGACUAUGGCAAUGAAGAGGACGUCGAGUCGCACGAACUGCUGCCCUACGCCCCAUUCCCAGACCUGCAUGCCAUGUGCUGGCGCGUAACUCUGGAUGGGAUCAAGCCCAGAGACAAGAGCUAUUCGCUGUUACAAAUGGACAUUGUACAUGGAAAAUUAGUAGAGCGUUUGAGCAGCGUGUGUGUGGUGAACAAAAAAGGCCCGAAAGGGUUACCAUCUUGUAAGAUACGAGUUAAUAACAUGGACAUAGCCAAAUUUAUGGUCGAAAGCGGUAUGUCCAUAUUCGCGCAGUCGAAAGCCGAACGGCGCUUCGAUUCGCCGCCUCGUUUCCCAAAAGAGACUGAAAAGGAAUACGUGUUGGGCGAGGUGGAUCAGAAUAAUACGACAUCUAAGCCGCCGCCGCCGAAAAAGAAAUUCGUGCUAGAUUUGGAAGAAGUGGGACGUUUGGAUUGUGUAGAAGAUAGGGACUGUCGUGAGAUGGCUGAAGAAAUAGCACAACAGAAUGCUGGAUACUAUCUGGUUGAUAACGAGCCGGCCUCAGAAAGGGAGGAGGACAAUACUGGUGGCCCCCCUGACUAUUGGACAGAUAGCGAUGAUAUCGAUGAAGACGAAGGCAUAGAAGACAUUGAGCUGCCCCAUAAUCCAAACGGUGUCGCUUGCGAAAAUGUAAACGAUUUUGAGCCACAUCUACCACAUUUCAUCCAUCCGCAACGUCUCUCCGCUAUCCAACAGUUGAAGCAACGUGAAAAACUGUGCCACGAGGAAAUGCUAAUGAAUGCAGACUUCGAUCCGAUGGAAACAUCCACGGAGUUCUCGCACUUUGACGAAGACAGUCGCUUUGCCUCACAGAAUCUUCCGGAAGGUGUCCUAAAUUUCCACUGCACCAUCGACAAAGUGCUGUCCGCUACAGAGCUUCAAAUCACGCCAGACCUUUCCGAGCUCAGCAAGCGGAACCUCAAGCUGAUUGAGACCAUACGCGAGCUGGUGAAAAGUGCACCCCAAUUGACUUCUGUAGAGCCUGGUGCCCUAUGUCUAGCUCUUUACCCCAAGGAUCAGGAAUGGUAUCGCGCUACCAUCAAGGAUGUGUGCGAACUCAAGCAGGAGGCCACUGUCUUAUACAUUGAUUUCCACAACAGUUCAAUCGUUCGACUUGAACAUCUCAAGGAGAUGCCCAAACAGCUGUAUCAAUUUCCUUUGCGUUCCUUUCGCGUCAGGCUACACGGUGUCAAGAUGAACACAAAAUUUGAGGAAAGGAUGGUGCGUCAGGCAUUGCUAAAUUGUGUUUCCAAAUAUUCGAAGGUUUAUGCACGAGUUCAUUAUCCUCCGAACUAUCAUAACACCAACAAUGACGAUGACGAAGAUGCCAAAAGCCUCGAGGUGGAUCUGUACAAAAACAAACACAGCGAAAAGCGUUUGUACGAGGAUAUAUUUAAUACAUCGAUGAUCCAGCGCAGAUAAAUACAUUUAUAAUUCAUCAAUAACGAAUAAGCUUCUUUAAUUUACAAUUUACUUCCAAAAUCGAUUUCAUUGAAUGAAAUCAUAUUUUUUUAAGUUUUUUCAAGUCUUUUCUUUUAACGCAACGAAACGUAUGAGCAUAAUGUUUUAUUUAUUUUUCUUACAUCUGAAGAUGUAUGUAUAUUUUACGUUUUCUUUACUCACCUUUUGGCAUUUCAAUAAAAAUUCAAUUUAAUUUCUAAUAAAAAUACACGAAUUAAACAAAA